AUGGGUAUAUUUAUUCCUCAUUCGAAGCUCGAAAAUCUGAAAGCGUACAAAUCAUCCUUCUUUGUCAAUUGCAGGUAUCAAAGUGAGGACCGUUCGUUGGUAACAAAAUAUGUAUUGAAACCAUUUUGGGGUCAAUUUGCCAAAAUCUUCCCACUAUGGAUGGCACCAAAUCUGAUCACAUUGUCAGGUUUGGGCUUCAUUAUCAUCAAUGUUCUAACAGUGCUCUACUACGACCCUACUUUUUCUGGAAAUUCACCUAGGUGGGCGUAUUUCACGUAUGCCCUUGGUCUUUUCCUGUACCAAACGUUUGACGCCUGCGACGGCCAGCACGCACGGAGGACCGGGCAAAGUGGUCCAUUAGGCGAACUUUUUGACCAUUGUAUCGAUUCUCUCAACACCACGCUCUCGAUGAUGGUGUUCUGCUCUACGGUAGGUACUGGCCUUACUUUCAUGAUGGUUUUGUCGCAGUUCGCAUUGUUGUGUAACUUCUAUCUCAGCACUUGGGAGGAGUAUCACACGCAUUUACUUUUCCUGAGUGAGUUUUCAGGUCCGGUUGAAGGAAUCUUGAUGAUUGUGGGUUCUUUCAUUUUAACAGGGAUUCUCGGUCCGCAAGCUCUGUGGCACAAAUUGAUCUAUGAGAUUCAAAUUGGCGAUUCUCUCUUCAAAGUAGAGAGCGUACAUUUGCUCUUCGCUCUAUGCGGUGUUGGUCUGCUUUUCAACAUUUUUUCUUCGAGAAGAAACGUUGUCGAGCACUACAAGAAAGAGAGUGCCACCGCCAAGGAAGCACAGGCGAAAAUCACUUGGGCGACUGUGGGAUUAUUGCCAUUUUUCAGUUAUUUCGCAAGUAUAUUUGUGCUUGUAGCCGUCGAUCCAGAAACAAUUUCGCUACCGUUUGUGCUUUCCAUUGGGCUCACCCUUGCUUUCACUGUCGGAAGAAUAAUCAUAUGUCACUUAACAAAGCAAGAAUUCCCUACGAUCAAUCCACCCAUGAUAACCCCUCUUUUGCAAUUUCUGAUCAAGAUUUUACUAGUGCACAUUUUGGACUACGAAAAGUCGAUUGUAUUACCUGCUGUAAACUGGUUCGGAUUUGGCCUCACCUUGGGUAUUCAUGCGAUGUUCAUCACCGAAGUCAUUUACGAGUUCACCUCUUUCCUCGACAUCUACGCUCUUUCCAUCAAGCACCCCAAGAAAUCCGCCUGA